AGAAAUAAACCAAACAAAACUAAGGCGGUCAUCCUUCCCUUCGUUUGACAUACGCAAACAAUACUAAGGAAGCAAAGAGGAAGAAUCAUGAGUUAAUUAAGCAUAGUUGUGAGUGAACCGAGCGAUCAGAACUAAAAUGGAGAUCAUAGAGACAACUACUCUGCAGCAGCAAUCAAUGUCGUCUAAGUUCAAGAGGAUUUGUGUUUUUUGUGGGAGUAGUCAAGGCAAGAAGACUAGCUAUCAAGUUGCUGCUAUUGACCUUGGCAACGAAUUGGUCUCAAGGAAUAUUGAUCUGGUCUAUGGAGGAGGUAGCAUAGGUUUGAUGGGUCUGAUUUCACAAGCUGUUCAUGAUGGUGGUCGUCAUGUUAUUGGAGUUAUUCCCAAGACGCUCAUGCGUCCAGAGGCUUCUGUUUCUCAAGGUUUCUGUUCCUCUGAUGAAUACAUCAUAGCCUUAUCCACUGUCUGCUUGUUGACUGGUGAAACAGUAGGAGAAGUGAAGGCAGUUGCAGAUAUGCAUCAAAGGAAGGCAGAGAUGGCUAAGCAUUCUGAUGCUUUUAUUGCCUUACCAGGUGGUUAUGGAACGCUGGAAGAGUUACUUGAAGUCAUAACCUGGGCUCAACUUGGAAUUCAUGACAAACCGGUUGGAUUGCUUAAUGUGGAUGGAUACUACAAUUCCUUACUCUCGUUUAUUGACAAAGCUGUCGAAGAGGGAUUUAUUAGUCCCAGUGCACGCAACAUUAUCGUUUCUGCACCAACAGCAAAAGAGCUGGUGAAGAAACUGGAGGAGUACGUCCCCUGUCAUGAAAGAGUUGCGUCAAAGUUGAGCUGGGAAAUUGAGCAACUUGGCCACUCUCAAAAUCAUGAUAUCUCUAGGUGAUUUGCGGAAGAUUGCACUAAAGGAGCAGAUGGGAGUUUGGAAGAAAAAGGAGCCAAUUUUGGACAACCAGUAUUGAAAUUUCCGUUGUGGGAAAUUUUUUUUUGUAAAUUAUUGCAAUUAAUCUCAAAAUGUUUAAGCUUCUUAAGAGCCCUUCUAGUGAAUUUGGUGUUUCUGUUGAGCUGUAAUUAAGUACUAGAUGCUUAUGAAAAUUCCCAUUUUAAAUGUAAAGUAAUUUAUGUUCCAUGUGUCAA